AUGUCAGAGUUAAAGUCAUACACUUUUGAGGAAAUUUCUAAGCACAACACCCACGAUGAUUUGUGGAUUGUCUACAACGGUAAAGUCUAUGAUGUAGGUCAAUACAUCGAUGAACACCCAGGUGGUGAAGAAGUCAUAUUAGAUUGCGGUGGUCAAGAUGCUACAGACGCAUUCGAAGAUAUUGGACACAGCGAGGAUGCUCACGAAAUCUUGCAAGGUUUGUUGAUUGGGACUUUAGAAGGUGGUGUUAUUAAGGAAACCAAGAAGACUGCCACUGCUGAUGCCACUGAAUCAGGUGUUUCCACUCCUUUAAUUGCUGUUGGUAUCUUUUUGGCUGCUGCUGGUGUAUACUUUGUCUUGAACAAGUAG